AUGCCGCUGUUCAAACAAAAAAAUCCAAACAAGAAAGGACGUUCAGUGGAAAGUAAUAAUGAGAAUCAGAACGGAAGUGCUUUAGCUCAACAAAACGGAAACAGAGCUACCCAGAAGCCGGCGGAUCCCAACGUUGGGUGACCCAAACUUGUGUUCCAUGGUCAGCAAGCCCAGGGAAGUCCUACCGGACUUAUUUCUGGUUUUUCUAACGUCAGGGAGCUCUACCAGAAGAUUGCCGAGUGCUAUGAAUUCCCAGUCGAAGAUAUCCUGUUUUGCACACUGAAUACCCACAAAGUAGACAUGUCGAAGUUACUUGGGGGCCAGAUUGGUUUGGACGAUUUCAUAUUUGUACAUAGAAAAGGAAGACCUAAAGAAAUAGAAAUCACAAAGACAGAAGAUGCACUGGGCCUAACAAUUACUGAUAAUGGAGCUGGUUAUGCAUUUAUAAAGAGAAUCAAGGGAGGCAGUAUUAUUGAUGGCAUAAAUGUGAUACAGGUUGGUGAUCACAUUGAGAAGAUAAAUAAUGAGAAUCUGGUUGGUCGAAGACAUUUUGAAGUGGCGAAGAUGCUAAAAGAAAUUCCAAAGGACAAUUCCAAAAACUUUGAUUAG